GAAUAUUUACAGCAGAAUUUAAUCAUUCGAAAAUCCACCUACACCUGCUUCACUCUGUCAGAGCUGAGUGGCCCCUGGCAGUGUAUUUCUGUUUCCAUCAUUUUCGAGUAUCACGAUAGAGAUGAAAAUCAAUAUUGUACAGGCUUGGCUCCACCCGUAAUAUUGUACAGGGUAGCGAUCAUAGGAACAAUGUCACGAACCGUUAUCAUGACACGAUAAGUAAAGCGAGAAGAGGAAGACAAAAUGGUGUCCGCGGCUGAUGAGUCAAUGUUGCGUGCUACGGCUCCCACAAGUAGCAUGAUGCUGCUGGACCUGCUUUUGCUCUGUGCGGACUUUUCGGUCCUGAUCGGUGGGCUCUCGUUAGUUUGCCAAAUUCGACAGACUCGAUCGCUAGCUGGCCUGAGUGUGCAGACAGUAGGCGCUCUGUUGGCGUCACGCGGCGUUCACUUCGCUGCAGGCGUGCUGGGCUUCCACUACGACCCGUUUCGGUCGCUUCUGGUCGAUACCGCAAUCGUUUUUGCAUUGGCAGUUCUCGCAAUGCAGGUAAUGGAAUUUCAAGCGACAUACGAGGGUCUCGGCAAGGAUAAAUUUGGCCGGUGGAUGCUGCAGCUUCUGGACACCAAGAAAGUCGGAGGUGGCUUCGCGAUGUCAGCGCUCGGUUCUUCGGGUGGUCUCGCAGGCCCAACGGGUGACUACGCGAGUGAUCUACCGCCAGGCGUGCCAGCAGUAACAGUCGCAGUUUUGCAGGGGAGCUGUCUAUAUCUGGUGCCAGAACUUACAACGUGGAAUUUUGUCUAUGACUAGGCAGAAUGGUUCUAUACGAGGGAAAGAUAGAAGUCGAACUACAACAAGAUUCCUGCUUCCCUUCUCGUGUAGAGGAACUUUUCAGUCUACCCAACUUAGUUUGCAAGCAUAGCGCUUUAAUGUUGUUUGUUCCUGAAAGAUAUCCAACCAUGCGCUCUGUCAGGCGUCGUUCAUUCUCGCCGUGGUGUGGACGCUAGUGCGGAGGACGAGCAUGGGCUUUGGAUCGUUAUUGUAUUGCUGGUAUGAAACGUUGACCUUACUGGCUCUGUUUCCGCAAGUUUACAUGUUCGCCUCGAUGCGAGCAGAUCAAAGGGGUACAAGCACACCCCGUGACGCGCUCUUGCGAAUAGACUUCCUCCUCUUCUUCGCUGUAAAUAAGGUAGCUCUGCUUGGUUUCUGGCUUCUUUAUCCAAUACUUUUGGGCGGCUCGGCCAGUACGUUGGGUGCAGUCCAGCCCCCUGCUGACACGCCGGGACUUGCGGCCGCGGGAGCUGCCGCAGCGGCAGCGGAGGGUAAUGCGACUUCUGGCGACUCCUCGAACUUCUACCUGAGUAAUUCAGGGGACCUUCUGUACCCAGCAAAUAGGGGGGUUCAGAUGGCAGCAGAAUGUCUCAACUUGCUUAUGCUCUCAGAUUACCUCUACGCGCGCGCCAAGGUCACAGAUUCAAUACAAGCUUUCGCAUCGCGAAAUCUAUUUCUGGGUCUCUAUCGAAGAAGUGUGCACAACAGUGCGUCGGGCGAACUUGAAGACCCGGGCCCAAAUGCGCUAAAUGUAGGACACAACAAGAGCUCGGAAUUCGACAGCAGUGUCUAGCAGGAUGCUGACGAGCAGCUGAGGAAGACGAACAUGAUUUUAGAGCGGUUAUCGCAGCGAUGCGUUGGUUCCAAGAAAAUCUUUUUUCCUCGCUGGAUGGUGAGGUCCACUGUCAUGUCUCGUCGUUAUCAUGGAUUGACUUAAGACAUGUGACCACAGACCACUGUGUACAAUAAAUCUGAUGAUUCCUUCUAGGUAGAGGCCUAUAAAGCACCUCAUACCAAUACACCUGCGCCUUGCGUGAGUUUGUGGUGGUGAAACGCACAGCAGAUAAUGUUGAGUGACAGCAGAUAAUGUUGGCAAAAAAAUAUCGGCUAAUCGACCUGUCGUUUGUGGUGCUGAAACAAAGCGCAAGAUUUAGAUACUGAGUA